UGUACAGCAAGAACAAAGCAGCUAACAGCUCCUAAACAGAGUUUAGGGAUCAUGGAGCGAGCCGGCGCCGGACAGACUCUGUUCAUUUGCUUUUCUCGCCUAAAAAUAUAACAAAUAUUUAUUAACGAUAAUAACCUGCAACAACCGAAUCGAACCUCGGCAUGGAGCUAUUGUGGUAUUUACUUUUUCAGGAGCUUGUUGGAGCAGUGGAGUUUUCUUUCGCCAUUCUACAGUAACAUUCAUUCCGUAAUAGAAGGAGAAGACUCUAGAGAUAUGUCUACCAGUGCUGUCAGUCAUCCCUGCAAGCAGGAAAGGAAGGGCAGUUUCUUUAAGCUGAUCGAUUCAUUUGCCUGGGAGAUCGGCACAUUGAAGAAGGAAAUGGGGAAAAAGACUGAGCCUACAGAAGAAGACCAGAAGACGGAAACACUCUUUGGGCUGGGUGAAGAGGUGGGAGGUCUCUUCUUGCAGGCUUCACCUUGUGCUGGGAUCAGCGCAGGGCUAGCUGGAGCGAGAGAUUCAGGCUAUGACUCCCUCCAUCGGCGGCUCAGUGUUCUGGACAGACUGGUGCAUACACACACUGUGUGGUUACAGCUGUGCCUCAGCCACCAGGAUGCCACACUCAUACUGCAGAACCAGCCUGCUGGGACGUUUAUAGUGAGGAAGUCAGCCAGCCUGCAGAAGAAAGUCAUAUCUCUACGUAUGGAUAAAGACUCUGCAGUUCCUGUCAAAGACUUCCCUGUCAAGGAGAGCCAAUACACUUUCUCGUUGGAGGGAUCAGGCUUGAGUUUUGCAGACCUUUUCCGUCUGGUGGCUUUCUGCUGUAUUAGCAGGGAUGUGUUGCCCUUCACUCUGAAGCUUCCGGAGGCUAUUGCCUCAGCCAGGACAUCUGCAGAUCUUGAUGAGGUUGCUAAACUUGGAUCAGGCUUCUGGGAUUCUCAGCUGUGCCACAGGAGGAAGGGCUCUGUCUCGCUGUCGGGGACAGCAGCUCCCACCAGACCUCCCUCCCCUGCCCAGAGACCAGUCUCUUUGACAACCACUUUGGGACGUCCUCGGCUUCGAACACGCACCCCAUCUGAGCUUGAGUGCUGCCAGUCCAAUGGAGCACUGUGCUUCAUCAACCCUCUCUUCAUAAAGGUCCACCAACCAGACAGUGAAUCAAGCACCACCCCCAACCCCUCUGGCUCAGCAAAGCAGAGCCUGAGGGAGAAGCCCAUCAACAAGAGGGAUACUCAGCGCUCAUGUAGCAACAGUUCUCCGAUCUGGAGCUCAGAUCCCAGAGAGAGAAGCCAGUCAGGUCAAAGUGACCUGCAGAGCCUUGGCAAAAACACAGAGCUACAAGACGAUAACAGUCAAACAAGCAGCAGUCAGAAGCUAAGUGCUGCAGACAGUGUGUCUCAAUCGCCACCCCCUCGUCCUCCCCCGCCACGCUUUUUGCCACAACGCUCAGCCCUUCCUGUCCGACAGCGCAGCAUGCCAGAGAAGAUCCCCUGGAUCAACAUCCCCAAGGAGAAGGUGGAGGAGAGAGAGCGGGGCAGCAGCCUCCUUUCUCGUUUGGGCUCCUCACUAAGCAUCAGCCCCUCGUCCUCCCCUCCCAAGAGACUCAGCAUCAGCUCCCCCAUAUCCAUUUCCCGACCCUCCCUGCCCCUCUCUCUGUCAUCUCUCUCCUCUCCACGUCGGGCCAAGGUCUCACCAUCAUCCAGCCAGGAGGAUGCCCAGUGCCACUUGGCGCUAGAGGACCAGACUAUUGAGAAGGCUGUCAUUAGGGCCAAACUGUCUCAAUGUAACGCUACCAGAACCACUGGCCAGGACUCCAGCAGUCCUCCAGAACAUUCACUGAUGACAGCCAGCAAGCAGGCAGAGAUGCCAGGAGAAGGAGAGGAAGAUGCAAGCGAGCAGUGCAGCAGGGGUGGCCAGCGGCUGAGUGACAUGAGCCUUUCCACAGAUUCCUCAGACUCUCUGGAUUUCUCUCAGUCAUCGGCUUUCUUCCUUCCUCCUCUGCAUGACCCCAGCCCCCCCACUGAGGCUGAUUUUAACACCCACCUCCCCCUCUCCCUCCCACCCUCACACCUGCCUUACUGCGGCAUGGAGGAAGAUGAUGAUGAUGAGGACGAUGAGGAUGAAGAGGAGCCCGACUAUGGCGUCAGCCUUGAGAGCGACCAGGACCAAGACCAGGACCUGACCAUGGUGCCACCGGGACAUCGUACAAAUCGCCGCCCCAGUGCCAGUGCUUUAGUUCUCCAAAAGGCCCUGCGAGGGCAGCUGCGUAAGAUGAGUGGAGUUUUCAACUCCCUGCUGACACCUGAGAAGAGGGCAAUCCGCAGGGUAGUGGAGCUGUCCAGGGAUAAAAGCUCAUACUUCGGCUGUCUCGUGCAGGACUACUUGAGCUACAUGGGCGAGGGUGUGGGCACCCAGGCUUGGCAGGGCUACGCCUCUGGACUGGAGCUGCUGCAGACUCUCCGCCAGUUUAUUACUCAGAUGAAGAGCUACCUGAGACAGAGCUCUGAGAUGGAGCCACCAAUUGAGAGCCUUAUUCCUGAAGACCAGAUCGACCAGGUCCUGGAGAAGGCCAUGCACAAGUGUGUCUUGAAGCCUCUCAAACCAGUGGUGAGCAUGGCCCUCCAGGAGUUCCAGGUGCGCAGUGGGGCAUGGGAGGAGCUAAAGGAGAACCUGUCACUGGCCAAGGCACGGCAGCCACAGGAAAUGGGUGUGGCUGACACAGUGCCCCCAGACCACGUGGCCAUAGAGAAGAUCAAACAAAAGUUCCACAACAUGUGUAAACUGUACUCCCCAGAGAAGAAGGUCAACUUGCUUCUGAGGGUCUGCAAACUCAUCUACACCAUAAUGGAGGACAACUCAGGUCGUCUGUAUGGUGCUGAUGACUUCCUGCCGAUGCUGACCUAUGUGUUGGCCCAGUGUGAUAUGCCGCAGCUGGACAAUGAGAUACUUUACAUGAUGGAGUUGCUGGACCCUUCGCAGCUUCAUGGAGAAGGUGGCUACUACCUGACUAGCGCAUAUGGAGCGAUGUCCCUGAUCAGAAACUUCCAGGAGGAUCAGGCAGCUAGAGUGCUGAGCUCUGAAACCAGAGACACACUCCACCAGUGGCAUCGCCGCCGCACCACCCAGCGCUCUGCACCGUCCAUUGAUGACUUCCAGAACUACCUACGGGUGGCGCUGCAGGAGCUGGACAGCGGCUGUACGGCCAAGACUCUACAGGUCCGGCCUUAUGCUACUGUGGAGGAGGUGUGCCAGUUGUGUGCCCAGAAGUUUAAUGUGUCAGACCCUCAGAACUAUGGCCUCUUCUUGCUGAUGGAGGGCAGCAGCCAGCAGCUUGCACUGGACACCCACCCUCAGAAGAUCAAAGCUGAGCUCCACAGCCGCCAGCAGGCCACACCCUUCCACUUCGUCUUCCGCCGUGUGGCUAACAGCAGCACCCUGUCAUCAGCUUCCCUCGAUACUAAACCCAACCUCAACAACCUCACUGUUACCUCUGACCACCAGGCCAACAUGAAUGACCUCAGCAUUGACCUGUCAGGCUCCUCCCCCCAACCCAGUCGUAGCUUAGGCAUAUGCCCAGCUCUGAGUCUGAGCCUGGCAGGGGGUCAACUGGAAGUUUGAUUAGGGUCUUUGUCUCCCAGCUGUGAAACUAUUACCCAUUACCUGUAACAGACAUGGCUACAUGACACUGAGAGGAGCCAGCAUGUUGACAGGGUUCAACUAGGCAAAACUCUGUGCGCCGUCAGUCUUUACAAAGACUUCUCCUUUUGGAUGACACAUCUGUCUCAGUCAACAUCCCCUCGCUGGAAGUUCAUUCAGACAGACAUGGGUGAAAGAGGAAAAGAAGAAAGGAGGGAAGGAAAUGAGAGAACAAGUCUUUUUUUUUUUUUUUAACUUGGCUUCAGCUUUGGUAUCAGAGCAGCACUUUGCUGAAGACAGCUCUCAAAGUUUAAACACAGUUAGCGCAAAGAUGUUGGAGGUAAUGUUAAGUGUUAUUAAAGACCAUGUGGACACAUGUGUUCACAGUCCUGCUACAAUGCUGGUGCUUGAGUUGCAGAUUCAGGGUCAGCUACCUUUUAAGGUACACUGAGGGAAAUCAAAUCUCAGUGGGGUGAGACUAAUCUUUGAUUAAUCACUUUAAAUAUACAGCAGAUUUAUGUAGGUGAUAUAUUAUAUAACUCUGAUUUACUUGUUACAGUUGCUGGUAAACUGUAUUAUUUUGUUUUUAUGUCUAUGUUUAUGAACCUGUUAAUCCUGAUUGUCUGUUGGAUUUUGGUGACACAGUGGUGCCCGGUGCACACAGAUACAGAUAAACAAUUUUCAACAAGAGAAGAAACCUUAAAAAAAUAUACAUUCAAAAUUUCUGUUUUUACCUCGCUGUAGCAAGAGUUCAGUGUGUUUUUGCCUGCCUCAUUGUACACUUUAUCUGUAUGGGCCACCAUGAUAGUCCAGUUAUAUUAAAUCCAUGCUGUGACUACUGGCUCAUGGGACAAUAACCAACUUCUUUUUCCCCUGCUUCUUUCAACUUGUCAUGUUUCUUGCAUAUUUUGUUGUGGUGUUGUUGCUGUUGGUGGUGGCAAACAUACGUAAUAUGUGUUUUUUUAGAAUUAUCUCAGAGUUCUAAGAAAAUAUGUAUUGCAGCAUACCUUGCAGUAACUAGUUCUUCCACACUCCCAGAUUUUUUUUUUACCUCAGCCCCAGUCGACCCUGACUCAAGUGACCCUAGGACAUUAAUCAGAUUUCACACAGUUCCCCCUGGUGACACGUGACACUUGACAAUUUUAAAUAACUACAUAGUGAUGUACUACAUACUAAUACUAAAAUGUUGGUAAGAAACCAUAUUGAAUAUGGUAGUUUUUUUUAAAUGAUGAUCUCAAGGAUUAACAUUUUAUGAAUGUUUGUAAAAUAGUGUUCCUGCAUGUAAUUUGUGUUUAAGAGUAAUGUUAGAAACAGGCAGGUCUGCCGGUGUUAAACAAAAGUGUAAUGUUCAUUUAUAUUUUACUGAUUAUCCUGGUGAUAUGAAAGAUACUGUAUCAUACCUGAUAUUGCUUGUUAAAGGGCAUCUUUUCCAUUCAGAUUGACAACAUAUGACUGAGGCUGCCAUAUUAUAAUUUUGUGGGGGGGUUUUGUGUUUAUGUUAAAGGUUUUUAUUCUGGUGAGAAACUAAGUUGUGUGGACCUCUGACCUGGUGGUGAAUGAUGACUUUUUGUGGAUCUUGUAGAAAUCUGGAAAGACAAAUAUCUAUGAGAAUACACAGAUUGGGACAUGGACUAUUACUGAGAUGGGCUAACUCUGCAGUACAGUCUAUAUCAGUAUUGAGUUUGGCACUGUCAGAACAAAUACUUGAAACUUUCUUGUGAAUGUUAAAUAUUUCAGUUAGUAGAAAGAGAACUGAAAAGUGAUGUAGCUUAAGGAAACCUGAGAGUUGUUGGAGGCAGUUGAGAUUAAUAGCUUAUUAUGGCUUAUUAAUGGCUUAUACAGCCUGUACGUAGCUCACCAUGUAUAUCUCUGGGGGGCAUUGGCAUUGGCAUUCUCACUUUCUAUGAUUAAGAAAAGUGAGUAUUUUUAUGUAUCUGUGCGGGGAUUUCUCACAGAUGGCUUUUCCAUGCCUACAAUAUUCUAUAUGGUUUCAUAAUGUCAUUUUCAUCUAGGAGACAUCUUCACUGCCUAUCAUUUGUCAUCGAACAAUUUCAUAAAUAUUCUUUUGUACUUAAUAAAUAUUGGAAAUGGAAUGAAA